CGUCACGCGCGUUCCGAAACGUCGCUUCCGCGGCACGUCGCUCUAGAGUGCUCCUUCUUUCGCGGUGACGGCGGCGGACGUGAGUUUUCUGUGCGCACUAACGCAUCGCCAUGACCAACUCGAAGGGUUACAGACGCGGCACGAGGGACUUGUUCUCGCGCAAGUUCCGCAAGCAUGGCACCAUCCCGCUGUCCACGUAUAUGAAGACGUACAAGGUCGGCGACAUCGUCGACAUCAAGGGAAACGGCGCUGUGCAGAAGGGCAUGCCGUACAAGGUUUACCACGGCAAGACCGGCCGCGUGUUCAACGUGACGGCGCACGCCCUGGGCGUGAUCGUCAACAAGCGGGUGCGUGGACGCAUCAUCGCCAAGAGGAUCAACGUGCGCAUCGAGCACCUGAGCCACUCCAAGUGCCGGGAUGACUUCCUUAAGCGCGUCAAGGAGAACGAGAGGCUCAGGAAGGAGGCGAAGCAGACGAACGUUCGCGUUCAGCUCAAGAGACAGCCGGCCGAACCCUCCAAGGCUCACAUCGUGUCCGGACGAGAAGCGCCCAUCUUACUCGCGCCUGUUCCAUAUGAAUUUAUCGCUUAAGAUAUUAAAUAAACUAAAAUUUUCGACGUA